GCAGCCUAGCAGAAGUCGUCAUCCAUUACGAUGGCUAUGGGAAUCCAUACCUAUGGAAUCAGCAGUCGUUUCAGAAGAUUCGUGUGAUGGAUUUACUUCGACUUGAUCGAUGUCAGACAAGCCGGUGCUUGGUUGGCCUAGGCCGCCCACUAUUUUAGCUGCACAAGUUCUGCAGCUGUUCUUGGAGGAUUGCAGCGAGGAGUCGACGCAGAACUUCCUCGAGUUCCUGACACAGUUGCCAGAUGAGACUAUCUCGUUUGGAGAGUCGCGCCCAGAGGUUCUGAAGUGUCAGGUCAUCCUAGCAUUUGCUGAAUGGAUUGAACAGAGGUUGCAUUCAUUGGAUGAGCUAGUUCUCGUCGCUUCUACGUCGGGAAAGGAUCACCAACAUUGCAAGAUAAUGGAGUACAUGCACACGAUACGAAUUGGUGGGGACGACCUUGAGACAAUGAGCUCUUUGCGCGUGGCCUUUCGUGGCUUUGUUUAUCAUGUGGUCCUUCAGCUGCUUGGGUCAGAGUCUUCUUGCAUCGCAAGUGCUUUGGCACGGUUGGCGGCAAGUGACGUCGAUGUCGAGGAAUUGAGACAUUUGACCGAGUUGCUGUCUUACCCAUCCCUGUUGCUGUCUUACCUGGUGAUGCUAUUGGAACAUUGCCGAGCAAAAGCCGCGGCAGUUGCGUUGGAACUUGUCGAAAAGCGAGGCCUAGACGCCCUAGAGAUGCGAUUCUGCCGACACUUUAGCGUGGACCUGAAUGAGGGUGAUUUCCUCAAGGCUGAGGACGAACGGUAUGACACAUUCCAACAUUCUUCGAAUGGAUUCAGUAUUGUUCUGGUGGAUUGCUAUGGCAGCCUCAUGUCGUUGCUGCGGCAUAUCGAGAGCAUCUACACUGCGAGAGAUCGUGAAUUGACAGUUGCCGUUGACUUUGAGGGUGUGAGACUAAGUCGUUCGGGUCAACUCUGUUUAGUUCAGCUGACUUGUAGUGAUGUGCCGAGCCGAGUCUAUGUGCUGGAUGUUCAUGUGCUACCUCGCUCGCUACACAUUGCAACUCCCAAGGGGCUAUCAAUCAAAACCAUUUUGGAGGACCCACUGAUUCUGAAAAUAUGGUUUGACCCGCGCAACGAUGUGGAUGCCUUGUACCAUCAAUUUGGAAUUGAGCCUCACAACAUAUUUGAUUUGCAGCUUGCGGAAGUAGCGGCUCGUAGGAGCAAGGGCCUUACGGUCAACUUUGUCUUCAGCUUGCAGAAAUGCUUGGCUGGAUGUGACCGUCUUGAUCAAAGUCAGAAGAGCUUUGCUGAGUUCAUCAACAAAUGUGGCAAACAGCUUUUUGAGCCUGAGAAAGGUGGGUCGUACGAAAUCUUUCAGAAGCGGCCUUUGCUGGAUCAGAUUCUUGUCUAUGCUGCCCAUGAUUCCAGAUAUUUGCAAUUGCUUUAUGCAUAUUAUGAGCUGCCCAAUGAGUGGAAUGAAAGAGUUCGUGUAGGUAGCCAGGUACGUGCACGAUGGUACAUGCAUCAAUGGCAUAUGCACCCAACAACUGACGCGCCUGACUUCUAGACCCGAAAAUUGGCGCCUGCAAGGUCGUGAUUGCCCAUGCUCGUUAACAAGUGACAGCUAAGAAUAGUCCACUAGCAUGAAAGGUUAGAAAAACAACGCUUCCUUAUCUUCCUUUUCCUUCUGGGUUUUUGAGCAUUAUUGCCGCAGUCCUAAAAGGGCCACUGGCUCA